AGCUUUCGCACGCACGCGGGCCUCGGGUCCCGCGGAAAUCGGCUCGCCAUGGCGGCAGAAAGGAUGUCGGCCAUCCAGGUGAGCGGCUACGGGGACCCCGAGGAGCUGAUUAGCUUCUCCUCCAGCGUGCAGCGGCCGCAGCUGAAGGGCAAGGGAAAGAUCUUGGUGCGAGUGCUGGCGGUGUCUCUGGCGCCCGGCGACUGCCGUGUGAUGUCGGGCAAGACCAGCCUAGUGCAAGGCCCCCCGUCCUUUCCCUACGUCCCCGGCGGGGACCUCUGCGGCGUGGUGGCGGAGGUGAGCCAAGGCGAGAAGAAGUUUAAGCCCGGGGACCGCGUGGUCUGCACCUUCGACACUGCGGGCCCCCGAAACGCUCUGGCGGAGUACAAACUGGUGAACUGCGCCAACGCCGCCUUGGCGCCUCCAAGCCCCGAGCUUAGCGCGGAGCAGCUCUGUGCGCUGCCCAGCAGCGCGCUUAGCGCCAUGCUGCUCUGCGAGAAGUACGUGAGGCCCAAGGACCGGGUGCUGGUCUUGGGCGCCUCCGGCGGCGUCGGGUGCCACCUGGUGCAGAUGCUGAAGCCCAAGGGCGCCAGCUACGUGGCGGCGGUGAGCUCCCAGGAGCUGCUGCUGGGUUUGGGCGUGGACCGUGUGGUGGACUACCAGAAGGAGAAGUGGUGGGAGAUCCCCGAGUUCUGCGAGUCGCCCUUCGACCUGGUGGUGGACUUGGUGGGCACCAAGGAGGUCUGGAAGACGGCCGCCAGCUCCAAGGCCGUGAAGAGCGGGUACCAGCAGGGUCGCUAUGUGACCACUGUUGGGGACACGCCAUAUAUGACGGCGAAGCACUGGUGGCAUAUCUUCGGCAUCAUGUACGACAUGCAAGCCCACUCGUGCUGGACGAGCAUUGCGCGCUCGAACCCCAAGUGGAUCUACCACCUGGGCUUGGAGCCGAAGGGCAACCUGGAGCGACUGCUCAAGCUGGCAGAGACGGGCGAGCUGAAGCCUGUACUGGACUCCGUCCACAGCUUCGACGCGGAGUCGGUGAAGAAAGCCUUCCAAAUCCAGAAGGGCAAGCACGCCCACGGCAAGGUGGUGAUCCGAGUUGCCGACGAGGCCAAAUGAGUCCGGCUUGCCUCGCUCCUUAGAGCUUCGAAGAAGCCUCGUGGGUUUGGGCGGUCGAAAAUUUCCCACUACGCAUACGUGGGGUACAUCGAGUCUCGCGUUUGGCUUCUUCACGACUGGGAGGCCAAAAGGGGAUGGGCAAAAUGUGUUUUCCCCCAGGCCAUGGGGCGCAUGGGGCUGAUUUUCUCUGCCGGGAGUCCGGGAGUCCGGAUUUUCUGCGGCGUCCUUUGGAACUCAUGCUGACUCAUGCCACAUGUGUGUGUGUGACAACAUGACCGUUUGGAAACGAUGGCAGGGCCAAAUUGACGGCGCUUCCGCAGCGGAAAGCAUGCCGAAGUCCAAACCCGGUCCGCCCAAUGUGAGCAGAGCGCUGGUUGUAGACCUUACCCGA